AAUUUGCUUCCAAAAUGAACGCAGACUAUUUUCUUUUCCCUCUCGCGCGCUUCGUCUUCCUCUGAAGCCACUAUAGGCACUACAGAAUACCCAAACCAUUCUGCUCUGUCUCUUCCCCAAAUUUUUCCUCUCAAAACCCUAAACGGAGCUCCGAUUUCUUCAGGUUCCUCUUCUUCAUCUAUUUUCUCUAAUCUUCGCUUGCUCUCCCUUCUCUGUUACUGGUUUUCCUUUUGGUUUAAAAGAUGGUUAACAUUACUAAUACCGAAGGGAAAACAAAUGAAGCCUCCCCUUUGCCCCUGGUGCCAUCUAUACCUCCUGAUAUGAAGCCAGAAAAAGCGAUGUCUCCUACAUAUACGAUCAUGAGUAGAUGCGGUGUAGGAAGCAAAGGGAGACAAAUUCCUUUGCUCACUAACCACUUCACAGUAUCUGUCAGUGCUCCAGAUUUGAUCUUCUAUCAAUACACUGUUUCAAUAUGCUAUGAAGAUAGCAGGCCUGUUGAAGGGAAGGAAAUUGGGCGGAAACUGAUGGAUAAAGUGUAUCAAACUUAUUCUGCUGAACUUGCUAAUAAAAGGUUUGCAUACGAUGGAGAAAAAUGUCUUUACACCAUUGGUCCCUUGCCACAAAACAAGCUUGUGUUCACUGUGGUGCUAGAGGGAUCAUGUGCAAAACUAGAAACAGGUACCUCUGGGGGCAGUGGGAGCCCAAAUGGGACUGGAAAGAGAUUAAAGCGUAGUUUUCAGUCGAAGACUUUUAAGGUUGAGCUAAGUUUUGCAACAAAAAUUCCAAUUAAAUCCAUUUUUACUGCUCUCAAGGGAUCAGAAGUAGAUAAUGGCAGCACUCAGGAUGCAUUGAGAGUGUUUGACAUUAUCCUGAGGCAGCAAGCAGCAAAGCGGGGAUGUCUUCUGGUACGGCAGUCGUUCUUUCAUGAUGACUCGAGGAACUUUGCUGAUGUUGGCGGAGGGGUAACAGGAGUACGGGGAUUCCAUUCUAGCUUCCGGUUGGCACAGGAUGGAUUAUCAUUGAAUAUGGAUGUUUCUACCACAAUGAUCCUGAAGCCUGGACCAGUGAUUGAUUUCCUAAUAGCCAAUCAGAAUGUACGGGAACCACGUUAUAUUGAUUGGACUAAGGCAAAGAAAAUGUUAAAGAAUUUGAGGGUCAAGGCAAGACAUCGGAACAUGGAAUUUAAAAUCAUUGGUUUAAGUGAAAAGCCUUGCAACCAACAAUUUUUUUCCAUGAAACUGAAGAAUAAUGGGAGCACUGAUGGGCAGAUGGUUGAUAUUACUGUUUAUGAAUAUUUUGUCAGACAUUGUGGCAUUGAAUUGACUUAUUCUGCUUAUUUGCCAUGUCUAGAUGUUGGGAAACCUAAACGGCCAACUUAUAUGCCUUUAGAGUUGUGCUCACUUGUUUCACUUCAACGCUACACAAAAGCUCUGUCUUCUAUGCAAAGAGCAUCUUUGGUAGAAAAAUCAAGGCAGAAGCCUCAAGAAAAAAUAAAAAUUAUCACCGAUGCUUUGAAAAAUUAUGGAUAUGAUGAGGAUCCGGUGCUAGCACAGUGUGGAGUGAAAAUAGAUAGACAACUGACACAGGUUGAGGGUCGUGUACUUGAAUCUCCAAAGUUGAAGGUUGGUAAAAGUGAUGAUUGUAUUCCACGGAAUGGACGGUGGAACUUUAAUAACAAGACACUUCUGAAUCCCACUCGCAUUGACCGUUGGAUUGUUGUCAAUUUCUCAGCACGCUGUGAUACUAGCUACAUAUCACGCGAACUUAUAAAUUGUGGAAGAAAUAAAGGGAUUCAUAUUGAAAGACCAAUUACCUUGAUUGAGGAAGACCAGCAUUCUAGAAGAGCCAGCCCUGUUGACAGGGUUGAAAAUAUGUUCGAACAGAUGAUGGCAAAGAUGUCAGAUGCACCGACUUUUAUUCUUUGUGUCCUCCCAGAAAAGAAAAAUUCGAAUAUAUAUGGACCUUGGAAGAAAAAAUGUUUAUGCGACUUUGGGAUUGUUACACAGUGCAUUUCCCCCACUAAAAUUAAUGAUCAGUACAUUACUAAUGUACUUCUUAAGAUUAACUCCAAGCUGGGAGGUAUAAACUCAUUGUUGGCUAUCGAGCAUGCAUCUUGUGUUCCGAUGAUAAAAGAUACUCCAACGUUGAUCUUGGGAAUGGAUGUGUCUCAUGGGUCUCCUGGACGAUCAGACGUUCCAUCCAUUGCUGCAGUUGUUGGAUCCAGAUCCUGGCCUUUGAUAUCAAGGUAUAGAGCAGCUGUACGGACCCAGUCGCCUAAGGUGGAAAUGAUUGAUGCUCUAUUUAAGCCUCUGGAGGAUGGCAAGGAUGAUGGUAUCAUUAGGGAAUUGCUUUUAGAUUUCUAUAGCACUAGCAAGGGCCGCAAACCAACUCAGAUCCUUGUCUUUAGAGACGGAGUUAGUGAAUCUCAAUUUAAUCAAGUGUUGAACGUUGAGUUGGAUCAAAUAGUCAAGGCUUACCAACAUCUUGGAGAGGUUAACGUUCCAAAGUUCACAGUUAUUGUAGCACAAAAAAAUCACCAUACAAAAUUUUUUCAACCUGGUGCCCCUGAAAAUGUUCCACCUGGAACGGUUGUUGACACAAAAGUUGUACAUCCAAAAAAUUAUGACUUCUACAUGUGUGCUCAUGCGGGAAUGAUUGGCACGUCAAGGCCGGCACACUACCAUGUCCUGCUCGAUGAAAUAGGUUUUUCUCCUGAUGAUCUUCAGAACCUUAUUCAUUCGCUAUCAUAUGUGUAUCAAAGGAGCACAACUGCACUUUCAAUUGCCGCACCAAUAUGUUAUGCACAUCUUGCUGCAUCACAGAUGAGUCAGUUUAUUAAGUUCGAGGAACUGUCUGAAACCUCCUCUGAACGGGGAACCAUUACUUCAUCGGGAAGUCUUUCGAUUCCAGAACUUCCACGGUUGCACCAAGAUGUUGAUGGUUCUAUGUUUUUCUGCUGA